UUCAGGAGAAGUGCCAGUGGCACAUUUUGAACCCCAGGUGGCUAUGAUCUGCCACUCGAAGGAUGACAGCUAUCACAGCCAAUACAUGACUGAAUCCGGUCGAUGGACGACGGACACAACUCACAAAUUCACGUGUCCAAAAGAGAAAAUGGACAUUUUAGAAUAUUGUAAAAAGGUUUACCCAAAACACGAUAUCACGAACAUUGUCGAAUCUAGCCAUUUUGUCAAAAUCUCAAACUGGUGUCGAAUCGGUCACGCAAAAUGCAAGCACGCAGCGUGGGUCAAGCCAUUCCGAUGUCUCGAAGGCCCUUUCCAAAGUGACGCCCUCCUGGUGCCUGAGAAUUGCCUCUUCGACCACAUCCACAAUCAGACGAAAUGUUGGGAAUUCGAAAAGUGGAACAUGACUGCCGCUCAAGCCUGCCAGGAAAGGGAUAUGAGUCUAAGGACAUUUGCCAUGCUACUGCCUUGCGGCAUCUCGCUCUUUUCUGGCGUCGAGUUCGUCUGCUGCCCAACGAAAGCUGAUAAAGCAUUAUUGAAAAAGCCUGCAGUACCUGCACUGCCCAUGGGAGGAUCGGAGAUAUUUGACAAUGUCGAUGAUACUGACACUGAUGACAUUGAUUCUGAUGCUGAUGAUGACAGUGAUGCAGAUGACGACGACGAGGAAGACGAAGAUGAUUAUGAUGGCUAUGAUGAUCUGACAGCCACAAGUAGAUCGACAACCCCUUCGACCACUACGACGACCACGGAACUGCCCAGGCCGACCACCAAUGUGCCAACCCCAGAUCCAUACUUUACAAACUUUGACCCUAGAGCUGAGCAUCAAGCUUACAAGGAGGCACAGCAGCGGUUGGAAGAACUUCACCGGGAGAAAGUCACUAAGGUAAUGAAGGACUGGUCGGAUCUUGAAGAAAGAUACCAAGAUAUGAGGACUUCUGACCCUAAAGUUGCUGAACAGUUCAAACAAAGGAUGACUCUGAGAUUUCAGCAGACAGUACAAUCUCUAGAGGAAGAAGGAAAUGCUGAAAAACACCAGUUGGUUGCAAUGCAUCAACAACGAGUCAUGGCACAUAUUAAUCAAAGGAAGAAGGAAGCUAUGACAUGUUAUACUCAAGCUCUCAAUGACAGUCCGAUCAAUACCCACCGAGUGCAGAAAUGUUUGCAAAAAUUGCUGAGAGCUCUUCACAAGGACAGGCAUCACACUAUCUCUCAUUACAGACAUUUGUUGACAUCCAGUCUUGAGCAAGCCGAACGUGAAAAAUCAAUGACUUUGGAACACCUUGUAGACAUUGACCAUAUGGUCAACCAAUCUCUUCAGAUGCUUGAAAGAUUCCCUGAAUUGUCAUCUAAGAUUUCUCAGCUAAUGUCUGACUACAUGCAAGCACUCAGAAGCAAAGAUGACACCCCAGGCUCCCUCUUGUCGAUGACCAGAGAUGCCGAAGCAGCUAUUUUGGACAAAUAUCGCGCAGAUGUUACUGCCAUGCAAGAAGACAAGGAAAGGGAACGUGUGCUUGAGAAAGAAAGGAAAGAAGCGCACAAGAGGGAGCGAGUUGAACUAAGAGAAGAAGCUAGGAAAAUGGGAGCUCACAUUGACCCUGAAAGCACUGAUGAAGAGCAUAGUACUGAAACUGUUGGUGCCAGCUCUGAGCCAAACAGCAACAACAGCCCUGUACCUCUAUUGUCAGAGCACGAACCGCAGCCUUAUGCCCAUGCAUUGACACACGACAUCAGCCACAAUGAGCCAACAUAUUCUGUAAGAAGGGAAGUAUACCAUCGGGACUCCAAGAGUGUUUAUUUCACUUUAGCUUUUGCCGGAUUAGUUUUAAUAGUGGUUGUUCUGAUCGGAGUCGCUGUCCUUAGGCGUAGAAGUGCAAGAUCGCCUCAAAAUCAGGGUUUCAUUGAGGUCGACCAGUCAGCUACUCCUGAAGAGCGUCAUGUCGCCAACAUGCAAAUCAAUGGGUAUGAAAACCCGACCUACAAAUACUUCGAAGUGAAAGAAAAUUAAAACACUAAAAACGAGUUGAGGGAUACCUCAGAAUAUCAUAACUUCGGCCAAUUUGUAUAUUUUCCCUUUUGGUUGAGUAAGCCAGUAGCUGAUGGGGUCCUUGUAUUUUGAUACCUAGUUCUGCAUAGAGGAACCAAGUACUUAAAUUUAAUACUAGCUACUUAGUCUUUGUGCCAUAUUUUCGUUGAAAUAACUUUUCUCAGUUCUUUUAAUAAUAUAUUUUUUUAAUUAUAAUGGCUUACUGUAUUAGUUGCGUGUAACCCUCUCCUCACAAGUUAAAUAAAAUUUAGUGUGCGUAAAUGUAAUUCCAAUUUAAGAAGAUAAUGGUAUAUAUAUAUGUAUACAAAUAAAAUAUACAUAUAUGUAUAUAAUGUAUCAUAGAAUGUAUCAACUUCUGACUUUUAAUAUAAAAACCACUUUAAACAUAUUGUGAUUUCGCUACAUAAAUGAGGUUUUCAGUAUUAUAAAAAUUAUUUAAAUAAUUCGUAGCACCUUGAAUUGAGGUUGUUAAUACUGCAGUCUUUACACUGGUCGGCUUUAAACGAUUUAACUAUUUGCAUUUUUGUUUGAACAACCUGUUGACACUAAUUCUUUUGGAAAAAUUUUAUCAAUAAGUGUGUGUAAAGAAGAUAUUUUUUCUUGUGAGCUGCACACUUCGCACAAUUCAAUGUAUCCUCUACUACAAACGGUACAUAAAAAUAUUUAUAUAUAAAAAAACCUUUUAAACCUAAGACUAAACGUAAAUCUUAAAAAUGAAGAGUAGUUCUUAUAUUUGUACAGGAAAUUUUUGCUUUCAACACUCUUAUGUCGGUUCCUCUAUCCAGCUUUUAUUUUAUACAACAAAAUUGAGAUAAUAAUUAAUAUAAUUAAAAAUAUUGUAAAGUUCAAAGAUGUGUUAAAAAAAUUUUACAUGUAAGACAUUAUCGUCUAGUAAUACCAAUGUUGUAUGUGACUGUUGCUUUAAUUGAUGUAGCUUAAGAAUAUCUUCUUUAUGUUAGAAGCAUGCAUAUGUAAAUUUACCAACUGCUGCUAUUAAUAAUUUAUGUUGUACGAUAUAAAUGUAAAACAUAUAGUAUAAAUUAUCUUGUCAAAAGUAAAAUGCUUGAGGGCAGACAAGUUAAGUUUAAAUGUAAAUUUUAUAAUAAAUUACAUAUUAUUCCUUUUAAUAACAAAAAAAUUAUAAAGCAUUCCAAAAGAGGCAAACAAGGCAGAACAAAACUUUUAUGAAUAUCUGAACAUUCUUAAUAAUGUUUUAUAUAUAUAAUGAGUUUGUAUUUGUAACAAUUUUUAAUUUUGCAUUUUUGCUAUAAAUAGUCUCAUAGAUUAGAGGAAAAAUGCUAAUUUCAUGUACCACUAUUUCUAAACUACAUUAGUUUAAUAAUACAUGUAUAGACAUGAUAUAUAUACAAUUAUAGAGUACACGAUAGAUUAUUUAUCUGAAUAUACAUAAUGAAUAAUUAUUAAAAGAAAUAUUAAAAUUAAAAAAAAAAAAAGAAUAAAUGUGUGAAGUUUCCCUGAUCACUACAGAUUUAUACUUUCUAGCCCUAUAAGUACUAUAGAAAAUCUUUUUCUUUUUUCAAAUUAUGAUUCAUAAAGAUUUGAAUAGAAGAAACUGUAUGUGUAUUUAUUUGUUAAAAUUUAUGAAAAAAUGAGGGAGAUCUUGAUGCAAAUAACAUGUCCACUAGUAAUGUCCAAUAUAAGAGUGUUAUUAUCAAUAUUUUAAUUACUGUAAUUUAUUUAUUAAAUAAAACUUAAUACCUUUGAUGUAUUA